AUGGGUGAGAGAGGGAGUAAAAACAAAGGAUCAAAAAACAACUUUUUGGAUAGUGAUUUGACAGUACUUUGUUUAACUCUCUUGACUAUUUUAGUACUUUUCUCAAUAUUACAGCAUCUGAAUAAUCUUCCAUUUCGUUUUAAAAACAAAGAUUUUGAUUUCUUCAGUCCUCUGUUCUUGAGAGAUCGCCUUGGUGGUGGUGAUAAAUCGCUGAAAUAUCCAACCAUAUGCAUUAAGACAACUGCCUUUAAAGCCAGUGACUGCAGCUUUCCAUUCCAUGAAAACAUUGUUUCCCCUUUAACUUCCUCUUCCCCUGGCUGCUUGCUGAGGACUCUCAGGGAUUCUACCUGUAAGUUUGUUGUUGCUCAACUCAAUACAUUCAGCUCCCUGAGCUUGGAAAGUGUCUGCAGGAUUUCGCCUGAGAGGUUGUUGUGUGAAAGGUCUAAGAUCUCUACCUUCUCAAGAUUUCCAAAACUUUGUGGGAUCAAUCUAGAGAGGUCGUUGUAUGAGAGACUUUGCUUUGAAUUCUUCCAGUUCACUGCUAAGAUUUCGAUAGUGAAACUGUACAUGAAAGGCAAAGGCGAAGACGAGCUCGAGAGAGAUUCUUUCAUGCUUGUAAGAUCCCAAGAGAUGAAGGGAGAGAUCCAUCAAGAUUGUUCUCAGAGAGAUCCAAGACCUUGAGACUUGUGAGAUUUUAAUAUGCCUUCUGGGAUUGAACCUUCCAGGGAAUUGUUUCUCAGGUAAGUACCUCUAGAGAAGAAGACAACCGGGAGAUAAAACUCGGGACAUUACCGGAGAUUUUGUUGUCAUGAAGAUCAAAAUGCAUCAGAGAUGGGAGAUUGGUGAAGUCGUGAGGGAAUUCGCCACUGAAGUUGUUCUGACUCAUAGAUAGCAUUAUGGUGUUUGAACCAAAGAAAGCUGGAACAUCCCCUGAGAACCAUUGGAAGAUAUAUCGAGUAACGCAAGCAAUGACUCAGGGUCGAACCUUGGGAAUUCACCGGAUAAUUUGUUCUUUGACUAGUCCAGCAACAGCAGCCUGUGGAUCUUUGAGAUAGACUUUGGUACUGAUCCUGAGAAGUUGUUUUCAGACAGCAUCAAUAUCAUGACCCAUGUUUCACCUACCGUAUCAGGAAUCUGACCAGAGAAGUUGUUUCUUGAUAGCGCAAGAACCGAUAAGCUUAUAGACUGAAAACAAACUAGGAGGUAAUGAAUCUGAGAAUUUGUUGUCUGAAAAAAUUAUGGUUCCGAUUUUCAGAUCAGCCAACCAUUUGGGAAAACUUCCUUCGAGUUUGUUCAUGCUCAGAUCCAGGAAGAAGAGCUGUUUGAUUCUUGAGCCAAUCCGGAAUGUUCCCUUCUAAGCCACAAGAUCUAAGUGACAGAUGUGUUAACUUAGACUGUGCAUAGACAGAGACAUUCUUGUUCCAUUGGAGUUUGUUUCCUCCUAACCGCAAUAUCUUCAGCUUCUGAAGACCAAACAGCCAAGUAGGAAUCUCACCGGACAAGCCAUUGUUAUUCUCAAGCUCAAGGGUUUCAAGAUUUGUCAGAUUCUGAAUGGACGAUGGAAUUCCACCAGACAACUUGUUCCUGCUCAAAGACAGAGUUGAUAUAUUGGCUAACUUCCCAAUACCGUCGGGAAUUUCAAAAGACAAGGAACUGUUCUGGAGAUCAAAAGUUUCGAGCUUCGUUAACUGUGAUACAGACAAUGGUAUAGAACCACUGAACAGGUUCUGCCUCAGUGUCAGCGUCAGCAGUUCGGAAAGACUACCUUGUAACACACACACAAAAUAAGAUAUAAUUCUUGAGCGCUUUGAUGUUACCACUCAACGUACCACCAAUAUCAUUCCUGCUCAAGUCAAGGCACUGAAGAUUCUUUAAGGAGAACAAUUCAGGAGGGAUAGAGCCGUUAAAGCUGUUAUCACUCAUGUCAAGAGAGAUAAAACUGGUCAAGUUCACAAACCCAUCUCCAGGAAUCUCUCUUUGUAUGAAAUUAGACGAGAUAUUGAGCGUCACAAGAGAUUAUAUACGCAGAACCGGUCUCAGAAUGCUUGAACUCACUGAGCCAGAGAGGAUAAGAGAGUGCAGAUUUAGGUCUAUCACUUCUCUGGUAGGGGAACAAGUGUUGCAUCUAACGAGUUGCCACUUGCAGCAAUCUGAGUUUGGCCUCCAUAUCUCUAAACCUUUCAAGGUGAUUAUUGCUGUGGACUGGUUAUUGAUGUUUAGAGUCAGCAAGUUCUUGAACUCAAGAAGGGAUUGUAUUUGGUCUUGUGGGCAAGAGAACGAUAUUUGUGGAAUGAAGAAGACGAAGAACAAGAGGAAGUAAGAGUGAUGACAUGGCUUCAGCAUUUUUUCAAAGCUAUUGUUUUUUGCCAGUCACAGGUUCUUCUGUAUGUCUUGAUUUAUAGUUUACAACAAGUCCAAAAUGAGAUUAUUGCUAAAUGACUAAAAUCGCAACAAUGUUUUUGUUCAUUGUCAGUUAUUGUGAUGUGUAAUCUUUGUGAAAGCACUAAAUAUAAAAAAUAGUUGACUUCUAA